AUGGAAUUGUCUUGUCACAAUCUCAUUACGUAGAGAAAGUGCUCAAGAAAUUUAAUGCCUAUGAAGGUCCUCUUUCUAGGACACCCCUUGAUCUUUGCUUAAAUCUGGAAGCCAAUAAAGGUCAACCAGUUGCUCAAUUGGAAUAUUCACGGAUAAUAGGGAGUCUAAUGUACUUGACGAACUGUACACAACCAGACUUGGCCUAUCCGGUGAAUAAUUUGAGUAGAUUUACAAGCAAUCCCAAUCAUGAGCAUUGGAAUGCUUUGAAAAGGGUACUGAAGUACUUAAAGUACACCCUUGAAUACGGGCUAAAAUACUCGAGACAUCCAGCAGUACUUGAAGGGUACU